GUGGGUGCAGCUCCACGGCGGGUGGGUGGCCGCAGCUCCGCAGCAGGUGGGUGGCCGCAGCUGUGCAGCACCCUCCUGGCGGGCGGGCACCCAGCCUGGCCGUAGGGCCGGCCCUGAACCAAUAUCCGAAUGGUCUACUAUCACUUAGGGAUCUCCAGCCUUUUUGAACCACAUUUUGAGAGUGCCAGCCACAAAAUGGCUGCCAUGAUGGGCUUGGCAUAACACAAAACUAUUUUUACAGGGUUGCCAUAUUUCAGAGAGUGAAAAUCCGGACACAAAAGCUUGUUUUGAGGAGGUCAAAGUUGUUGAGCUUUGCAAACAAUUCGAAGUUUCUCACUCUUUUUUUUUUUUAGGAAAUCCACAAAAUAAAUAAAUAAAUUUUCUGGAAAUUCCCCCCCCCAGGUGCUUGAGGGGUGUAUUAUUAUUAUUAUUAUUUGCCCAUGGUGGGGUAUAAAUACAACAACAACAACAACAACAACAACAACAACAACAACAACAACAACAACAACUUAUUACUAUUACUACUGAAGAAGGCCAUAGUACAAUUUUAGCAAAAUGGCAGCAACAUGAUCUCCAACAUUUCUGAUGAAAAAAGGACAUCCUAUUUAAUAAUAAUAAUAAUAAUAAUAAUAAUAAUAAUAAUAAUAAUACACCAUCCACCUGACUGGGUUGCCCCAACAUAUAUAAAAACAUAAUAAAACAUUAAACAUUUAAAAAUGUCCCUAUACAGGGCUGCCUUCAGAUGUCUUCUAAAGGUUGUAUAGUUAUCCCCUUGGCUCGGGAGUCACAUAACUCCAUACCUUCAAACAUUUCUCCAAUGAAAAUAGGGACAUCCUAAGGAAAAGUGGGACAUUCUGGGAUCAAAUCAGAAACCGGGACGGCUGUACUUGGAAAAUAGGGACACUCGGAGGGUCUGCAGCACUUCCACCUUAAAGAGUAACAAUUUUUAAUGGCAUAAGCUUUCUUGGGCUAGAGUCCUGUUCAUCAGAAGCAUCAUGCUCACAUAUCUAUGAAGCCUAUGCAAUGAGGGUUAUUGCUGCUGUUACAACUAAGCUGUUUAUAAAUUUUGUGAAAUAAAUAUAAAUACAUAAUUUCCAGAAAUAACUUCUCUUCUCUGCCUGCCACACACAAUAGCAGCUAAUAGGACUACAAUAGCAUAAGGCAACAGGACUACAAUAGCAACCUUUUGCAGCUGUGGGCCAGUCCACUGUCCCUCAGAUCAUGUGGUGGGUCAGACUAUAUUUUUUGGGGGGGGGGAAAUAUGGAAAAAUUUCUAUGCCCCACAAAUAAAGCAGAGAUGCAUUUUAAAUAAAAGCACACAUUCUACACAUGUAAAAACACACUGAUUCCUGGACCGUCCCUGGGCCGGAUUGAGAAGGCGAUUGGGCCGGAUCCACCCCCGGGCCUUAGGUUGCCUACCCCUGGCAUAAGGUCUUCAUCUGGGUCAUCUUCAUCUUUGACCUAAUUUAUCUAUUUUCCUUGCUCUCUUGUUCUGCGUUCCUCCUCCUCUAUAUAACAAAAAGUGUGUUCACUUAGAAGGAGAAAGUGGUGAUGGUUUUGCUGUUUCUGGUGCAACCCCUCUUAGAUGUGGUCAAGAUCCAGUCUUAAGUAUCUCCAAUCCAUCCGAUGAAGACCUGUGCUUUAUUAAAUCAUUCUGUGGGAAUGAAGGCUUGCUUGCUGCGUUUUUUUGGUCCUGAAAACCCUAUCUAAAGGUUACAGCAAUGUUUGUACACUAAAUAGAGCCCUUGGCUCUCACUCCGAUUAACUGAAACAGCGUUCUUUUCGUCUAUUUGCCAUGCCAUUUUCUGACCAUAUUGGCUGUGUUAUUGAAAAGAUACCAUCCCUUAAAUAAAUGUUGUGCAGGCAGGUUCAGUGUAGACCAGCAAAGAGUCAUAGCAAGGCAAUGUAGUUUUGCAGGACAGCAUCUCUUCAGAAGGAGAUUCUUGCAACAGAAUCACAAGGCCAAGGCGAUUGCACAAUCCACCUGAGCGGUUGCAUGGGGCAGUAAAUAUUUAAAGGUCAAACACACGUAGCUGUUCUGACCUGUUAGAACAGAAUUCACAGAGGUGGGUUGUUUGUUUGUUUUUUUGCUUUCUUUCUAAAGUGUACCUUUAUUAUGGCCAACCAAUAUCCACAACAAAUUUGCUGGCUGGGAUUGGUGGAAGUUUGUAGUCUCUGGAAGUCAAGUCUGCAAAAAAAAAAAAAAAAAAAAAAAGUCCAGAAUUAUAAGGUUUAGCCCUGAGAUCUUGUGUCUUAUAUAUUGUAAUUCUUUUUUAAAAUAAAAAAUGCUCAUUUAGUUUUCAAAAGUUUACAUUUACCAUCAACACUACCUUUAAUUUAUGCGUUGUAUUCCCACCCACCCCACCCUCAAUGGUGUUCUAUGUUUAUCCUUUAAUGCUGCAUAUUUUACCGUAUCUUAUAACACUCCAUAUAUCCAUCCUAAAUUAUUAGCCUUAAUGCUGCUCACAUUUCAAAUCCUGCUCCUGUUUUCGUGCAACUGUGAUAGUUCUUUAGAUGUUCUACAAAAGGUCUCCAAUCCUCAGAUAAUGUUUCACCAUUCUGAUCUCUUAAUUUUUGCUCUUAGCUUUGCCAGUUCCGCAGACUCCAUCUUCCUUCUUUUCUGUUGUAAUUUUAUGUUACUGAGAUCUACGGAUGAAGGACAUGCAAAUUUAAUAAAUAAUAAAAUAAAAAACAAUAAUUUCCCAAAUAGUAACAUACCACACAGUAUGCAUAUAGCCACUUGAUAGGCUCGUUCCCUAUAUCAUCUUGGCAGGCUGUGAGACAAAUCUUACCACACUUCUCCAUCUGAUCACAAAUCUAGGGAAGCAGCCAGAGAGUGGCAAAAUUGUCCCUGCCUCUGGACUGAAUAGUAAGGGCAACCAGCUUACCAAAUGGUUACAUGAGCAUGCUAUGGUAUGCUACGCCUUGACAAACAGCCCUUUGUAUCCAUCCCGUAUCCCGUACCUUUCUUGGGUACCAUUGUUUUCGUAUCAUCCCUGCAUUUGUUGCCAGUGUCUGUUCUCCACAGGUGUCAGCUAUACGUGCAGUCUUGCCCUCACAGCCUCACGAACCCCCCCCCCCCGAAAUAAUGGUGCAGGGGGGAGGAGGGAACGGAAGGAGAGGGCCCCAAAAGGAGAAGCAGAAGUGCAUGCAGAGCAGCUUGCAUGUAUAGGGGCGAUAAGUUAGAUAUGCUUCCUGUUCCUGUAAUAGUGAACGCCAGCUCUUAACUGUGCACUUGCCUCGGUUCGGUCUGUCUGCCCCUACCCACCAACCCAAACAGACAUUGGACACCAUGGAAGCCAGGAGGCCCAGGAAACGUGUGGUGUAGGUGGACAGAGGCAGCGAAGGAACAUUUAAAGUUAGCCAGCCUCACCAAGUAGAUGCGGACUCCUCCUUUAUCGACAUCUUAAAGCGAGUCCCUCCAGUUGUUGCUAUUGUUUUGCUGUUCUUUUGGUUCUGCCUGCUGCCUGCUGACGACAAUGAGGUGGUUCCACCGUGAUCUGAGUGGCAUCGAUGCUGAGGUCUUACUCAAAGCACGAGGAGUUCAUGGCAGUUUUUUGGCUCGCCCUAGUCGGAAAAACAAGGGGGAUUUUUCCCUUUCUGUCAGGAUUGGUGACCAGGUAACUCACAUCCGUAUCCAGAAUACGGGGGACUUUUAUGACCUCUAUGGAGGAGAGAAGUUUGCCACUUUGUCAGAACUGGUUGAAUAUUACACACAGCAGCAGGGAUCCCUGCAAGAUAAAGAUGGGACCAUCAUAGACCUGAGGUAUCCGCUGAACUGCUCUGAUCCAACCACAGAAAGGUGGUACCAUGGUCAUCUUUCUGGCCCAGCUGCUGAGACCUUACUCCAAACUAAGGCUGCGCCAUGGACUUUCUUGGUUCGUGAGAGCCUCAGCAAGCCGGGUGACUUUGUGCUGUCUGUCCUCACCGACCAGCCUAAAUCUGGGGGUGAUGCCAUUGGAGCCGCUAGCACCCCCAAAGAACGACUUAAAGUUACUCAUGUCAAGGUUAUGUGUGAGAAGGGGAAGUACACAAUUGGGGGCACAGAGAGAUUUGGCAGCUUGGCUGACCUGGUGGAGCAUUUUAAGAAAGCAGGAAUUGAAGAGGCGUCUGGAUCCUAUCUGUAUUUGAGACAGCCUUUCAAUGCCACCCGGGUGAAUGCAGCCGACAUCGAGGACAGGGUACAGAUGCUCAACAAGAGAAGCCAAGAGGAAGAGGCUGCCAAAGGAGGAUUCUGGGAGGAGUUUGAUAGCUUGCAGAAACAAGAGACAAAGAACUUGUAUGAUCGGCAUGAGGGCCAAAGACCAGAAAACAAGGGCAAGAACCGCUAUAAGAACAUUUUGCCAUUUGACCACUCUCGAGUCAUCCUCCAAGACAGAGAACCUGGGUCAGAUUAUAUAAAUGCCAACUACAUCAAGAACAAGCUCUUCAGCCCUGAGGAAUGCAGCAAGACUUACAUUGCCAGCCAAGGUUGCCUGGAUGCCACCACCACCGAUUUCUGGCAGAUGGUGUGGCAAGAAAACUCACGAAUCAUUGUGAUGACCACCCGAGAAGUGGAGAAAGGAAGGAACAAAUGUGUCCCUUACUGGCCAGAGGUGGGCAGCAGCAAAGAGUAUGGGCCGUACAUUGUGGAAAACAUCGGAGAACACGAUGCCUUAGAAUAUAAACUCAGACAGCUCUGCCUUUCAUCAGUCCACAGUAGUGAGGUUGUGCGAGACAUCUGGCAUUACCAAUACCUGAGCUGGCCUGACCAUGGAGUGCCCAGCGAGCCUGGAGGAGUUCUGGGGUUUCUUGACCAAGUCAAUCAGAAGCAAGAGAGCAUUCCUGGAGCUGGACCCAUUAUAGUUCAUUGCAGUGCUGGGAUUGGUCGCACCGGGACCAUCAUAGUCAUCGAUAUGAUUGUGGAUUUGAUCUCCAUAAAAGGGUUUGACUGUGAUAUCGACAUCCCAAAGGCCAUUCAGAUGGUUCGCUCCCAGCGCUCAGGCAUGGUGCAGACCGAAGCACAGUACAAGUUCAUCUACAUGGCGAUCUGCCAGUUCAUAGAGACCACUAAGAAGAAGCUGGAUGUUAUGCAGACUACGAAAGGAAAACCAAGUGAAUCUGAAUAUGGGAAUAUAACCUACCCGCCCGCACAGAAGAUGAAGGCUUCACGAAAAUCCUCUAAGCAGAAGGAUGAAGCAACCCUGUAUGAGAAUCUAGGCAAAAAAGAGGAAAAGGGGCAAAAGCAGUGGCCUUCAGGGAAGGAGAAGAAACCAAAGGGCUCCUUGAAGAAAAAAUAAUGCCAUAGAUAAUCUUCCACCUGCCUGGCUCCAUUCACAGCAGACACAACUUGUCUAACCGCGCCCCCCCCCAACUCCUGCUGGGAACUUCCUUCGAAAGGUUUACUGAGCUACAGAGGGUUAGCCCAAGACAUUUGGGUGCCUGAAGUGGGAAAUCCAGAUGGCACCUUUCCAUUCGCCUCCUACUAAUGAUUGCAAUUCUUCCUGCUUCUCCUAUGACCCAACAUACUAAUCCUGUACACCUCUUGGACUCCCCAGUGCACUUGAAAAUUCAUAAGGCUUUCCAGCCUUUACCUUUUCUAAAAGGCAGUUUUCGAAACAUGCCCCGACCACCAUUAAAGUCCAAACCAUAACAAUUAUUGGGGGAGGGUUGUAGGUCAGCGGUAGGACACCUGCUUUGUGUGCAGAAGACCCCAAGUUUAAUCCCUGGCGUCUCCCGGUGGGGCUGGAAGAGACCCCUCUCUGAAUUCCUGGAGACCAACUUCCAGCCAGUGUUGACAAUUCUGAGCUUUGGUGCCCUUACCAUAAUUUUUUUUAUUUUUAGAAUGGAAACAAAACCUACAGUAAGAUGGAAAAUAAUGCUUGUUUUGUACACUUCCACUUUAUUUAUAUUUAGGGGGGGAAUCUACUUUUUCUAACAGCAAAGCCUUUGGUCAGAUCCUCAAAACUACCAUAUAUUCCGGCGUAUAAGACGAUUGGGCGUAUAAGACGACCCCCAACUUUUCCAGUUAAAAUAUAGAGUUUGGGAUAUACUCGCCGUAUAAGAAAUACGACCCGGCGUAUAAGACGACCCCCGACUUUUGAGAAGAUUUCCCUGGGUUAAAAAGUGGUCUUAUACGCAGGAAUAUACAGUAAUACUGUUAUUACGCAAAAUAUCUGUUCUAUAUUUCGUAGAGAUAAGGUAUCCAGCCUGCUUGUUGCAUAGUUGUUCAGUUGCUAUUUUUAACUG